CGUUGCUGCAGCCUGUAAACUCGCAUAAACAUUAUGAGUUCACUCCCAGUCUCUAGCGGAGGCAAGUGUUAGAUUAUCAGCACUGGGAGAGGCGACGCGAAGGGACUAUUACAGCUUUAAAAAAAAAACACACCUUCUCCCUGGCCACUGGAAUAUAACAUUAGCCGCGUUUCACCAAAAAAUGCUUACCGAUAUGAUGGUAGAAGAGGAAUUUGAGAUCAGCGAGGACGAACCUUGGUAUGAUCAUCAGGAUUUGGAGCAUGAUUUGCACCUGGCUGCCGAGCUCGGAAAAACUCUAUUGGACCGAAACAGAGAGUUGGAAGAGGGGCUUCAGCAGAUGUACUCAACCAAUCAGGAGCAGCUGCAGGAAAUCGAGCACCUCACCAAGCAGGUGGAUCUUCUGCGGCAGAUGAAUGAGCAGCAUGCCAAGGUCUAUGAGCAGCUUGAUGCCACAGCCAGAGAGCUGGAGCUGGCCAAUCAGAAGCUGGUUCUGGACAGCCGGGCGUCGCAGCAGAAGACCACCGGGCUGGUGGAGACGAUCGAGGGGCUGCAGGCUCAGGUGGGUGAGCUGCAGCGGCAGGUGGAGGAGAUGAAGCAGCCGAGCCAGGGGGGCUGUCUGAAUAGGGAGCUGGCUGAGCAGCGGCGUUCCAGCACUGCCCAGAGCCUGUCCUGCCUGAAGGAGCUGUACGACCUGCGCAAGUACUUUGUACAUGACCAUGUGUUUGCUGAGAAGAUCACGUCGGAGUCCAGCGAGCUAACCCAGGCGCAGGAGGUGAAUGCUGCCCUCAAGAGGACGGUGGUGGCACUGCAGGGCCAGCUGAGCGCGGAGCGGGGGAAGCGGAUGGCCGUGGAGCAGGAGAUGGAGCUGAUCUCCCUGGAGAACAGAGACCUGGAGCAGCGCAUCGCUGAGCUGAACUCCUGCCGGGCCCGGGUUCAAGAGCUGGAGAGUGAUGUGGACGAGCUGCGGCAGAUGUGCAAGUCCGAUUCUGCCUUUGUGAGCCGUGUGGAGAAGCUGGUGCCCGAGUCCUUCCUGACCUCCUUCCGGGAGUCCUUGCUGGAGCGGGAGACAGGAGAGGGAGUUCCGGACCCAGCAGAGGAGAAGGAGGUCCCGGAAAUCGACAAGCGGUUGUUGAAACGGAGCAGCAGCGAGACCAGUCUGAAGAGCACCAGCGAGAAGGAGAUUCUCAAAGGGCACGAGCAGACCUGCAUCCGCCGCUCUGAGUCGGUCAAACAGAGGGGCAUCUCCCUCCUGAACGAGGUGGACGCCCAGUACAGCGCCCUCCAGUUGAAGUACGAGGAACUGCUGCGCAAGUGCCAGCUGAACGACGGCCACAGCAAGGCCGUGCAGACUUCCCAGCGCUACUCCCGAAGCAACGUCGCCCUCGCCCUGCCCUCGCCCAGCGACAGCCUUCCCUGGAGCCAGCCCUCGACCCCUGAUAGCCAGCAGCCAGAGUACAAAGCCCUCUUCAAGGAAAUCUUCACCUGCAUCAAAAAAACAAGAGAGGACAUCAGCGAGCACCAGCGAGAGAAGAAUAAAUUUCUUCACAAACCCAGUGAGACUAGAUAGACGAGGCAGAAGGUUCAGCUUCGAGACAGGGUAGCAGCAUUGUACUUGGUUUUUCCGGGAGGUAGAGAUGGGCAGGCCAGUCCUGGGAUGAAAAGCAAUGUGUUUAAUUUCUGUUUUUGUUCUGAAGACACAGAAUGCAGUUUGUACUGCAUCAGUGAAGGGGUUCAUAGAUAAUCAGAAAGUCAUACAGCUGUUUGUAAAACAUACCAUGACAUUGUUGUCUUCUCUUUAUGCUGUGAUCGCUCUUUCUUUCCACAGACAGAUGAGACAAAAUUCAGGAUACCCCAACAUCCUGAACUGAUUUUUUUCCCCCCUCGUUUCCUUUACUAGUUUGUCAUUGACCUAUUUUUUUUUUUUUUUUAGGAUAAACCGAGUUUAGUUCUUGCUGUGAAUUGGCAAAUGACUACUGCAUUUAAUUUCCUAUUCCUGUGGCUGAGAUUAUAGUCUAAUAACAGUGCUGCCAUUCUUGGAGUGUCAUCAUAGAAGUACCAAAUAUAAAGAAAAAAAAUAUAGAUAUAAUUUUGCAAUUUUAGCAAAGUGUAAUUGCAAUUAUCUUUAUCGCAAUAUUUCUUAUUUAGUACUUAUUUAAAGCACUUUAAUUAUUGGGGAUGCAGGACUGCUGUUAAUAAUGCUUUUGCAAAUAACUUUUUGGAAGUUGGUUCAUCCAACUCUCCAGCCAGACUGUCUUAACCCUUUUGUCCGUUAAUCCUUAUAGUUUGUGGUCCUUCUAGAACAGUUUGUGUUACACGAUCGAAUUCUACAUCGAAAAAUGUUCAAAAACACAUUGACAAGUGCUGCACCAGAACAUUAUACUAUAAUGGUUCAUUUUGUUUUCUGUUUUAGCCAGUCAGGCACGUUCUGAGCUUCGUAGCAGAGUUGGGCAUGUGUUUCUUAAUUUAAUACAGCAACUCAAGCUCCUUCAGUUUGGUACACACAUCUCUUUAUGUGAUUCAGUUUUUGGAAAAAAAUAAAUCUAUAGCACCUUAUCCUGUAGCACGGUGGGGCUGUUUAUUAGAUUUUGAAAUACUCGUAUUUCAUUAUAAUGUGACUAUAUAUAUUUUUGACAUUAAGCUGUAGAUAGUAUACAUGAUGAGUAUGGAGAUAUGUGUUAAAUUCCAAAUGCAGUUCUGCUUUAUAGCAUAACCAGUUUGUCAUAUAACAAGACACAGAACUGCCAUUUAUGUUCAUUUGGACUGUAAAUACUAAUUGUUCAUGUAAAAACUAGCACUUGCUUACUGUAGUAAGUUCUGUAGAAAAACUGAUCUCCACUAGCUGUCUGGGUAGAAACUACAUCCAAGUGAGAAUGUGCUACUUCUGUCCUCCUCAUCACAGCCAUGGAAUCCUUCUGAAGUCAUAUUGUUGAGAACUAAAAGCGGAGUUGAUAAAUCAGCCUUACAAUGUUGGUUCCACUUACAUAAUUGUACAGUUACAUAAUUGUGUGUGUGUGUGUGUGUGUAUAAUGAUGUGCUACAAUGUGUCUUAGCAUGUAUUAAUGUUACAACACUCCUACUUUCUACUAAAAGUAGAUGCAUAGGGGAGAUGGAGGAUACUUGCUUCCACACAAGUGAAAAAACCCACCUGUUAACUAUUUAAUAGACUGCUUUUUAAUUUUUUUUUGCUGUUUCUGACUGAGGUACAGCAGUGUGUUCAGUAUUCUCAUCGCUAGUGUUUUACAGAGCAGGUGAAAGCUAAUAUGUAGCUGUGCUGCCUGCCAACGCUUCUUCUUGUGCACUGUGAAUGUAAUCUGUUUAUGAUUUGCCCAGAUGGGGCUGGUAUGGGCAAGACUAGGUGAUUAUUCCUUCAAUGCUCUUGUGCUGUUUUCAAGUUCAUGUAGUAACUGCAGCCUCUGCUGCUUGUCUUUGUCGGGCAAUAGUUUAAAAAAAAGCCGAAUUACUUCUUCCUGUUCCCUGUCCUCGGAUCAACAAUGCUGGUUGUUGUCUGUUUUAAUAAAACGCCAGGUCCAUAAUGGUGGAGGUGACUCAGGACCAUCACGUACACAUCCAGCGAUGCAGAAUCCGUUCCAGUUGGGUGCUGCUGGUGCCCGCAUGGAGCUAGGGGUAGGGCUGAAGGUAAAGGCUCAAGGUGAAAAAAAAGUUGAAUAUCCUCACUCUCCAUAGUAUUUUCUGUCCCGUUCAGGAAAUGGAUCAAGUUUUAUAAUUGCUCAGGUAACAAUAAGCCUUCUGUCUGUCUGCCACCUUGUGGACAGUCCUAUUCCAUUGCCUGUUUCCAUCCAGCGGUUUCUGUUGAACAUGUUUUUAUAAUGGCGUUAACAAUGUCAGCACCAUUGCUGUAUAAUGACCGCAUAUCAAAGCGCAACUUUGUUGCUGUCUGGGCAGACUCAACAUAUAGUCUGUUUUUUCAGUGUCAUGCAGUGAUAAGAUGGGGGUCAUCAUGUAUAAAUCUAACUAUCCUGAAGCCCAUGGAACAUGCAGCAACAUAUCAAGUAAUUGUUACCAGCAGUUCAAGCCACAAAUUGCACAAAAAAUGUCCCCUACAGUGUUGCUUGAAAAGUUGUCUGGGGUUACAUGGGCUUAAAGAUACAGACUUCAGUUGUAUGGACAGUAAAAACUCUUGAAUGAGAAUAUAUAUAUAUAUAGCCUUGAAUUUGAAAUAGAUUUUGUUAUUGUUAAUUAAAUCUAGUUUUUUUUUCUUUAUAGAUACUUUAUGGAUUAAAGUUUAUUAGAUUUUUUGAUUUGUUUAAUAAUUUAAGUACAAAUAAUUCAGAAAUGUAUUUUUAUUUUUUUUCACUUGUCUAUGUAUGUAAACUUUUAAGUGGGUUAAUGGUGUUUCUCUGUAGUUUAUUUUGACAAGCAUGUGAAGAGGACAUCAAAGUAACUAUUACGCUUUAAAGUUAAUGUAAUGUAUUGACACCGGGGUGUUCACAACCUAUCAGUUAUAAAACCAAUAAAAGUUAAUUGUGCAAGUUGUGUAUUAAUCUGAACUAGAUCCCAGAGAAGUGUUGCACCAUUACAGUGAAAUAUAUCAACAUGACAAGAGUAAAUGAAACACUAAAAAAGCAUUAAUGAAAUCUCAGCAUCUUAAAGAAGAAAUAACACAGCACAUCACAACAAAAAAAUAAGCAGCACCAGGAGAUGGCAUUUAAAAGCUGAUUCUUAAAUAAUCAUAGCAUACCAAUUCUGUAACAUAAUUUAGUCAUCAGGUUGUGUGCUCAGUCUGGCAUCAUCUUAGCUUCUGUGCUAAAAUGAGGUUCCAGACAGAUGCCUGCUUCUCAGGACCAUGUGUUAUACCAGGAGACUGGCGACAACCACAGUGUAAAGCUGUGCAGAAGCCAAUGCUGCUAAUUGAAGUUGGCUUCUGCUGACAGUGCUUGUGCUCGAGCUUGAGUCUUGGAUUCAGCAUCACCACUCAAGAGAUCUGCGCUGAUUGAACUGGACUGCAGUCUGGAGCAGUGCUUAAACAUUAACUGAGCAAGGCCGUGCAAUACAGAAAUCUUAAACAAAACUGUGCAGUAAACUGGACUGAAGCUCAAAUUUCCUCUAUGAAGUGGUAUGAUGUAAUACCCACCAGUUUAAUUUGCUAGCUAGCCCCUCCAACUAAAAUAUACAGUGUAUGUACAGGUGGUUGUAUACACACACACACACACAAAUCUGUUUUAAAAAGAUGACAGCUGGAUUGAAAACCACCAAACAUGUUUAUCCAAUUCUCAAGCAGGCCCCUGUCCCUUAGAGAAGUGCUCCCACAAUGCCAGGACUACACCUCACUUCUUUAUUUAAAUUAACUAAACUUUACAUUAGGUUUUAAACAUACCUUAAAAUGACAAGUCAGCUAUCAAAUAAGUACAUAUGGUGUACAAAACUCUGAAAACAUCAAAUAAGAAAUCCUGCCAAAUUUCCCUUGUGUACAUGAAACAAGCCAUUCUCUCAAUCAAAAUAUAAAAAAUAUUUCCUUAUUGUUUUCUAUCACGUUGAGUUUCCCUGACUUAUAAAACAGAGCUAAGAGACACAGUGAGGCUGCAAAUCAUAUUUCUGCCACAAUCACUGUUCUACUUGGUUAAGUGCUGUCAGUCAGUGAGUCAGCUGUACAAACCUCUCCCUGUUGGGUUCAAAGGCAGCAUGGCAGGUCAGUUGAGCGAUAUUACUGGGGGGGGGGGGGUAAAUAUGCAACACAAAAAAUAAGUGACCUUGAAACAUGUAAACAAAUAAGAAGAUUUUAAAAGUUGGGCUAGGAGUGGAGUGCUAUUGCCAAAACCAAUAUAUACUAUAAAAACACCUGGAAUAAUAAACAUUACACAUACAAAAACACUUUCCCUCAAAUU